AUGCCAGCCCUAACCUACGAAGACCCAUCCCACCGCACAAUCCACCACAUCUCCCAAACCCUCUCAGCCUCCGGCAUCGGCUGCAUCCUCUGGGACGAGCACCUCCUCCGCACAUACGCCUGCAACAUCACCUUCGCAGCAACAGACUACAAGUUCAUCGUCGAAGACCACGACCUCAUAACCGCCUACCGCGUCCUCCGCUGGUCCCCAGACUGCAUCUACAACCCCUGCCCAGGCACCUAUCCCUGCCCGGUACGUUAUCUCGAAGAUAAAGUCCAAUUCGACCACGAUGCACACCGAAGAGGGCCUCUCCCACCGCACAAACACAGCUCCCACAUCCACCCCUUCCCCGAACUCCAUUUACAUAUACGGGAUGCUUCGAAUAGCAAUAACCCCUACCCUACUGUGCUCGCGCUCUAUCGGAAAUUGGACUUCUUUCCCACGCCGCUUGCGGGCGGUACCCCGCCGGAUAUCAAACCGGGAUACUGGGGUAGGGCGACGAGUCUGGGACGGCUUAUCUAUGCGCAUGAAGUCGGGCCACGACCUACGUCGUCUCGUGGGGGUAGAUUCCCUGAUUCCCUAUGGGGUGUGCUUAUCCCGUCUCCUAUGUAUCUGGUUGAGAUUCUGAUCGGGCUGGGGAUACGCGAUUGUCGCAUCCCGGGUGCUCGGUCGAUAUGGACCCGGUGGCUGAUGUAUCUACGGGAAGCGUACGUAGAGCACGGGCGGGGCUUGGACGUGUGGGACGAGAGGGCUUUUCUUCCGGAGGUGUUGAGGCCUGUGUGGCGGUAUGCGAGUGAUAGUGAGAUUUCGAGACUGCAGGAGCCGAUUAUGGGGGUUUGGAGGGAUUUGGCGUGGACGCUUGUUGGGGUUGAUGUUGAGCGGGCGAAGAGGACGGGGCAUUUGGCGUUUCAGGAUUGGAUGGUUCGGCAGUGGGAUAGGGAGACGGUAGUUAGUCUCCAGGACGAUGGCGAGAGAGAGUACGGGGAGUGUGGUCAGUUUGAGGAGUAUAGGAAGUACUUGGUAGUAUACUAUAUAAUUUGCGGAUAUAUAUAUCCUCGAUCAAGAUUUUAUACAGCAACAAUCCUCUCAUACAACGCACCCUGA